AUGGCGGAAAAGUGAUAAAGACAGUUAGACAAAGAGAAGAAGGGGGCGGGGAGACGGAGGAUGCCAGUGACCGGUACGUCGUCACAGCACCUCGGCAAAGCGAACGAUCGGCAAACCGCACUCCCGGUCUCAUUUUCCCUUCACUAUUCUCCCUUUCCCCUUCCAUUAUUGUGUUGCCUUGUCAGUUACCAAAGAUGUCAGCCAGGCCGGGAUUCUACCGACAGGAGCUGAAUAAGACUGUGUGGGAGGUGCCGGAGCGAUACCAGAACCUGACGCCGGUUGGCUCCGGAGCCUACGGUUCGGUGUGUUCUGCCUACGAUGUGAUCCUGCGACAGAAGGUGGCGGUGAAGAAGCUGUCGCGGCCCUUCCAGUCGCUGGUCCACAGUCGCCGCUCGUAUCGAGAGCUCCGGCUCCUCAAGCACAUGAAACAUGAGAAUGUAAUCGGCCUGCUGGAUGUCUUCACACCUGCUGCAGCGUUGGAAGACUUCAAUGAACUCUAUCUGGUGACCAACCUGAUGGGUGCGGACCUGAAUAACAUUGUCAAAUUCCAGAGGUUGUCCGAUGAGCACGUGCAGUUCUUAAUUUACCAGCUCUUGCGUGGUCUAAAGUACAUCCAUUCAGCGGGAUUGAUUCACAGAGAUCUCAAGCCAAGUAAUGUGGCCGUGAAUGAGGACUGUGAGCUGAGGAUCCUCGACUUUGGCUUGGCCCGCCAAACGAACGACGAGAUGACAGGGUACGUGGCGACUCGUUGGUAUCGGGCGCCGGAAAUCAUGCUGAACUGGAUGCACUAUAAUCAAAACGUUGAUAUUUGGUCAGUGGGAUGCAUUAUGGGAGAGCUGCUGAAAGGAAAAGUCCUGUUUCCUGGCACUGACUAUAUCGACCAACUGAAGAGAAUCAUGGAGAUGGUCGGGACGCCGACCGCUGACCUCUUGGAGAAGAUCUGCUCUGAGCAUGCACAAAAAUACAUCCAAUCUCUGCCUUUUAUGCCUCAGCAAGACCUGGAGAAGAUCUUCCGUGGAGCAAAUCCACUAGCCGUCGAUCUGCUGAAGCGUAUGCUCGUCUUGGACUGCGACGGGAGGAUCUCGGCCAGCGAGGCUUUGGCCCACCCUUAUUUCUCGCAGUACCACGACCCGGAUGACGAACCCGAGGCGCCGCCUUAUGACCAAACCCUCGAGAGUAAAGACCGCACUCUCGAAGAAUGGAAAGAGUUGGUGUUUACAGAGGUGAACGGCUUCAAAGCGUCCGUGAGCAAGACUGGCAGCCUCCAGGUGGAACAGUGAGGCUCCGUUCCUUCAAAAACAGACUCAAAAAGGCGGCACAAUGACUGUUACUGGGAAGAUUUCAUGUCCGAUGCGAAAGUUGCAUCCUGUUAUGAUUAUGUUUUUUACAGUUUUUUUUUUCCUCCUGCGAGAUUGAAAGAGGAACAACGCAGCUCCUGAUGGGCGUUUCAUAAACGAAAGCAACUUUACAGAAGUGUUUACAGACUCCACGAGCGGGGCAUGGAACAUGAAAGGACAUAGGGCACGCUAGGACUUCCAAAACGAGAACACAAGCGCCAUCUGGUUCCUCAUUAUUGCAACGACAAAAAAAAUAAA